GUUGAAAAUGGUAACUUGCUGGAAUGUAAUAUUUCAUAAGCAAAACUAGCGACAUUAUUACUUUUCGUGAAUGUAUAUGCUCGUUUUCGGUUGUUAGUUAGGAUGUGUAGAAGUAACGCACAGGCUGUUACUCUUCACUCGGAUCUAGGAGACUUCAAGAUUGAAUUAUUUUGUGAACGUGCACCGAAGUCGUGCGAGAACUUCCUGGCUCUGUGUGCCAGCGGCUUCUACAAAGGUUGCAUCUUCCACCGCAACAUUAAAGGCUUCAUGGUGCAAACCGGAGACCCGACAGGCACUGGCAAAGGGGGGACGAGUAUUUGGGGACGCAAGUUUGAAGAUGAGUUCAGCGAGCAUUUAAAACAUAACGUUAGAGGAGUGGUCUCCAUGGCAAACAACGGUCCCAACACAAACGGCUCCCAGUUUUUUUUCACCUACGCCAAACAGCCACAUCUGGACAUGAAGUACACCGUGUUUGGAAAGAUCAUCGACGGCAUGGAAUCGCUGGACGAGCUGGAGAAACUUCCUGUACACGAAAAGACGUUCCGGCCGUUGACGGAAAGUCGGAUUAAAGACGUAACGAUCCACGCCAACCCCUUUGCUGGGUAGAUUCGACCACAUGAAGAAAGCAACAGGAAGAUAGAGUUCAGUUAGAAGUAAAUAGGUUGUAUUAUUUUAAUUGUUAUUGAUAAACUGUACAUUUGGAAAAUGUGUCAUUUUUGCCAUCUUUUUUUCAUUUAAAUCGCACCGUUUCAAGUUUUAAUAUAAGAUUUAACAAAAAUAUAUUAUAUAGUAUUCAUAAUAAAAGCAUACCCUGCUUUUGUUGUGUUAAAUUCCAUUCGGUGUUGUU